AUGGUAUUAUGGUCUGGUGGUUCACGACUAGACGUCAUCGCAGACCCGAACACGCGGAUGUGGGUCAUGGAGAAGUUCCAGAAGCAGCAUGGAAGGCCCCUAGCCGUGAAGUAUAAAUUUCACCGACGAUCCAAGCAAAUCCCUCUUACAGAAUACAAUCGUGUCAGCCGGAUACGCUCUUCCCCAGUCUAUCUGCUCGCCAUGUAUCCACGCGUCAUGAUAAAAUUUGUUUCAAGAUUGUUGAAUCCUCCAUGGUUGUCAUCUUGCGUUCGUACGAAUAAGAUUCUCUCAAUCUCCGAUCUUCCCUCGGGCUAUAUACGGUCUCCAGGUGACUUAUGA